AUGUCGAACGCAAAGGUCGAGGUACUGCCCGGUCCGUUUCUGCAGCUCGGAGAAGGCCCACACUGGGACGCCGAGUCGCAGAGUCUGUACUAUGUGUGCAUUCUGAGCGCCACCCUGCACCGGUACGACUGGCGAGAAGCCAAAACGUACUCGGCCCCUCUCGAGGGCGCUACGUAUGCAUCGUUCAUCAUCCCUGUGCAGCGUCGCCGCGGUGAGUUCGUGGUCGGCUCCGGCACCCGGCUGCUGCUAGUCAGCUGGGAUGGUCGGUCUCCGAAAGCAUCCGUCAGCCAAGUGUUGGCCGAUCUCGGCUCAGACGCCGCGGAUCAUCGGUUCAACGAUGGCAAGGUGGACCCGCAGGGUCGUCUGUACGCCGGCACCAUGCUGGCGGAAGAUUCUCGCAACCACUUCGAGAUGGACGAUGGCAAGCUGUACCGCUAUGAGGCUGGCGCCGCGGGCCGGAUGGUGCCGCUCAAGAGUAAGGUACACAUCUCGAACGGGCUCACGUGGAGUGCGCGAACAAACAGGUUCUACUACAUCGAUUCGUUCGCGUUCGACAUCAAAGAGUACGCGAUCGACGCGGACGGCAAUCUGGCCGAGGAGAGAGUGCUGAUACGGCUGAAGGAUGACGAAGCAGCUACCGAGUUCAUCGCGGACGGAAUGACCAGCGAUGCCGACGGCAACCUGUACGUGGCCCUCUUUGCCGGUUCCAAAAUCGUCAAGAUUGACCCACAGGUGGCCCAGAUUGUGCAGGAGAUUCCGCUACCGGUCUCCCAAGUCACCUCCGUCGCCUUCGGAGGCCCCGAUCUGGACAUUCUUUUCGCCACGACCGCUGCCAAGGAACUGUCCACGCCUCAGGAACCGCCGGCUGGGGCGGUCCUAACAAUAUCCGGACUGGCGGUGCGGGGCACUCGCAUGAACGAAUUUGUCCUCCCGGGUACCAGCGCAUCCCCGCCGUCUUAACUGUCCCU